GCAGUUGGGACCUUUCUUAACAGCCGCGAUGCACAAGUGUACUCUCACCCUGUUGAUGGCGUGCCUGGUGGCAGCUGCCGCUGCGUACACCACCAAGUACGACAACAUCGACCUGGACGACAUCCUGCGUAACGACCGCCUACUGAAGAAGUACCACGAGUGUCUCCUUUCAGACAGCGAUGCAUCCUGCACCCCUGAUGGGAAGGAGCUCAAGGCCGCCAUUCCUGAUGCGCUGACGGACGACUGCGCCAAGUGCAAUGAGAAGCAGAAGGCCGGAGCCGAGAAGGUGAUCAGGUUCCUUAUCAAGGAGAAGCCCGACCUGUGGACGCCGCUGGAGAACAAGUACGACCCCACCGGCACCUACAGGCAGAAGUACGGCGAUGAGCUCAAGAGGGUCUCCGCAUAAACACCGGUACAUCUUUGGUGCUGAACUGCGAAAGCUCCAGAGCAGUUACCACAGGCUGUGUCUCUGUGAUACCACCAAGGAACUUUAAUUUAUGCCGUCAUUUUUCCACCAUUGUUGUAUUCCAUAUCUUCUAAAAUAAAUGUCUGUUAAUUGAAA